UCAAUAUAAUGGGAUUCCCGUGACUUGUAAUUAUAUUUCCUGCUUUAAUUUUUCAAAUCGCAAGCAUGGCGGUAGGACGUUUCUAUAUUUUGUGGACAUUUUGCUGUGCUCUAACCGUCGCAGAUACUGAAGCUGGAUUAAAACCAAAACCCCCAACUCCACCGCCUGUAAAUCCCUUCACCCCCGGGGACGUAAAAUGGUGUGCAUGGAAAAUGGGUGGAACCGUUGCCCGUUUUGAAGUUCUACCGGGACUCGGGUGGGAUAAUCUUCAGAACAAAGAUGCUGGGAUGCUAGUACAGUUUAACUACUCGGAGUGUCGGACGACGGACGACGGAAGGUACCUCAUUCCAGAUGGUGUAUUUACUGUUCCAAUCAAAUCCAGUCAGCUAGAAGUCUUCGGAGAAUUGUUCCAGCAUUGGAAUAACUAUACAGCCACCACGUCGUCUUCUGUCAACGUCGAAGCGGGACUCCAUUUAGGAAGUUUCGGUAUCAGUGGAAAAUAUUCUCAUGAAUCACAAAGCGUACGUAAGCACCAAAUCAUGGACAAAUCAGUGACAACGCGAGUACAGGCUCGGUAUGUACGCUACUCGGCUAAAUUACAACCCGACACUCCGCUCAACCCAACCUUCCAAAGGCGACUCAAGAACAUUGCAUAUUAUAUACAGACCAACAAAACUAAUAUGGCCCGAUACCAGAGUCAGUUGCUUGUGAGAGACUACGGUACACACGUGAUUUCAAGCGUUGACGCAGGCGCAAUCAUUGCACAGUUAGACGAAGUAAAAACAACCUUUAGCAACAGUUACAGCAUGGACAGUCAGCAGGUAGUGGCAGCCGCUAGUGCGUCUUUCGGGAGUAUAUUUAACGUCGGGGCUGAGUACAAGCAUAGCGUGUCUAAGGAGGUCAUUGAUCAAUAUCUAGGCAACCGAACACACUCAAAGGUAAAGACAUUCGGUGGACCCGUGUUUCAGCCCAGCAACUUUUCUCUUAAUCAGUGGGCCGCUGAAAUUGGUUUGGACCUAGUCCCCGUGGACAGAUCAGGUUUUCCUAUAUACGACCUUAUCUCAACACUAUCACUUCCAGAUCUACCACCGUCUAUCCUUUAUCCACUCGUCCAAACUGUAAAACAGGCAGUAGAGGAGUACUACAAAUUUAAUGUCUACAGGGGAUGUACCAAUAUAGACUCACCAAAUUUCAGCUUUAUUGCUAAUGUUGACGACGGCACCUGCGAAAGUCCGGAAUCCAACUACACGUUUGGAGGAGUAUACCAGAGCUGUAGUCAGUCAGGGCAACUUCAUCAAAACCUCUGCAAUGGACUCACCCAGAAAAAUCCUCUUACUGGUGGUUACUCGUGUCCGAGCGGAUAUGAAAGUAUCUUACUCACAGAGGGCAAACGUUCCGGUUCCGAGAGUAGAAGGAGCUGUCAUAGUUGUGGGUUUCUUGGGUGGUCCACCUGUUGUGAUAAUUACAUGGUACACGGACAGGCAAAAUAUCAAGCUUUUUGGUGUGUAGCACAAGGGCAUGUUGACCAACAAUCUGGAUUCCAGUUUGGUGGUAUUUACACCACAACGGUUGAUAAUCCACUUACGCAAUCUCAUGGUUGCCCUCUUUACUUCUAUCCCUUGAAAUUCGGUCUAGACAUGAAAGUGUGUGUAAGUGAUGACUAUGAGCUUGGGUUCCGUUAUUCAGUUCCAUUUGCUGGAAUGUUCAGCUGUAUGACGGGAAAUCCUUUAUUCAUUCACCAGGAAGCUUCUUCUCAAAAUCCUGAGAUGCUGCACUCACUUUUCUCCUAUCUGAAGUCCUCAAGUCCCAAUUCCUGGCCUCGAGGAUGUCCAAAGGGAUAUAGCAUGCAUCUGGCCUCAGUAGAAAAUUCCUGUGAAAUCGAUUAUUGCGUGAAAGCACAUGCUUUUGCCAACAAAGGACUUCCACCUGUGAGGCGACCACCAUUUAUGGCACUUCCUGGAGACGCGUACGUGGAUACCGGAGUGAAAGAGGAGUACAUGAUUAGUGUCGGCGGAGAAAAGUGGACAGAUCUAGCGAUGGAUCCGUCUUACUCAGACAAGGAAAAUCAAAAUAGCGACCCACAGACAAAUAACAAAGGUGAAGUCUCCACUGGUACCACAGCAGGUAUCGUAAUUGGGGUCACCCUGGUUGUCAUAGCAACUAUUGCCAUAGUUACCUUAAUGUUUAAAAGACACAGGCGAUCUAAACGUCCAUAUCAGAGGAUGGAUAACCCGGGCGCAAAUUUCGUGAAUCGUCGGGAGUAUGGAACAGCUGGUCAAUCGACAGAGCCUUCACAAUCUGCCUGAACAUUUGAUAUCAGAUCUGUAUUUUU